ACGAGGACCAGGGUGGAGAAACACUGCAUAACCAUGUUGUGUUCAUUACAGAACCUGUUCUGUACACCCUGAAGAGUUUACAGUACAGACAGGAAGAACCACUUCCUUGGUCGAAGCCACAGUGUCAUCACAGUGUCACGGCACAUCACAUACAUGUUUGGGCUUGGAUAAGAAACAGAUUUUAAGGAAAAUAAAUGUCCCAAGUUGUUUUCUUAUUUGUAGUGGUCGUGACUCGUGCAUCUGUAACUAAAAUUACACGGCUGUUCCCGAGGUCGUUCACAUUAACGUUCACAUUCAAAUUAACACAUUCUUGAGGCUACUAUUUUUGUAUAAGGUAAAGUUGUUGCAACACGUGGGGGGGUCACAUUGACUGAAGGGUCACAAUGACCCAAGAUAACACAAGGGUUAAUGUCACCAUCCACUUUUUGAAAACGAUCUCUUAAAAUCAUCUAUUAAACAGAAUCUCGUACAAAGGCUGCAGUAGGCUACAUUUACAUCACUAUAUACAUUCUGGGCCUACCUUCAUUCUAGACAUUCACAAUAAACUUUGUACUGAAACAAAAAUACUAACGGUUGUUAAUAUGUUAUCAACUAUCUUGCCCUUGAAAUGGGCAGGGACCCAGUGUAAACAGCUGUGUCCCAAGACAUUGUCAUGUGUCAUUUAUAACAAUUGCAGAACAAUCAAUAAGUGUCCAAUGCUUUCUUUGAUAGACCUUGUUCUAGAGGUCACUUGGCACUUAGUCAAACACGCAUGCCAAGGAAAAACUUUGAGACGGCCGAUCUUUGAUCUUGUUAUAUAUGCGGUCACACACACAGACGUAUACGGGGGAUACGACAUGAGUUUCGAUCACACCUCACUCGCCUGUCCGCUGUCAUCAUUCUGAGAUUUACUGAACUUCUUAUUGUUAAUACAGGCUGUUCUAAACGCAUAAAUGCAUUCAUGAAUUCUUCUGGAUGAAGCCAUGACCGAAACGAGUUCUGCAGUAAGUGGCAACAUUCCGAUAAGAUUUCCACAUCAUGCAUCAUACAAUGAAAACAUAUACUGGGGUGAACAGGACAGAUCAGGUGCCAUAGGUGUGAUGUGAAACACUGAGCAUUCACACCUCAGACGGCUCUGCUUCCAGUCACCAUGGUAGCUCACAUGGCGAUGGUUUUAGUUGCGAUCGUAAUUUUUUAUGGCAAAGGGUCCACAGCUCAGGACUGCAGUACAGCCCCCCUCAGCACCAAGAUCGUGGGGGGCAGUGACGCCAGUGUCGGCUCCUGGCCUUGGCAGGUUAGCAUGCACUUCCAGGGGAAUUUCAUCUGCGGAGGAACCCUCAUCCACCGCGAAUGGGUGCUCACCGCGGCCCACUGCAUGCUGACACUCACCGCAAGCGACUACUCGCUCUUCCUGGGCCGACAGAACGAGUCUGCCUCGGGGGACAACCCAAACGAGGUGAGCCGUAGCGUCAGCCAGAUCAUCAAGCACCCCCAAUACAACAACAACUUGUUCAACAACGACAUCACCCUGAUGAAGCUCAGCUCCCCUGUCAACAUCAACGGCUACAUCAGACCCGUCUGCCUGGCCGCGGCCGGCAGCGUCUUUGGCAACGCCACCACCUGCUGGGCAAGCGGCUGGGGCAACGUCGGGAAGGGCGAAUCGCUGGGAUUUCCAUACACCCUGCAGGAAGUGGAGGUUCCUGUAAUCGGUAACAAGCAGUGCACUUGUAUAUACAAGCCAGCAGAGGGCGCUGUCAUCACCAACAACAUGAUCUGCGCCGCCAAGAACAAGGGAGUUUGCCAAGGGGACUCAGGGGGCCCCGUGCAGUGCUGGCAGGGCUCCGUGUGGGUCCAGGCGGGCAUCGCCAGCUACGGCGUCCCCUGCGCCACAGGCUUCCCGGAGGUGUUCACCAGGGUGUCUCAGUACCAGACCUGGAUCACAGACAGCCUCCAAGGGGCUGCAGUAGGCUUCAUCUCCUUCUCCUCCCCAGGAAGUGACUCUGACAGCGGCUUUGUGUGCUCCGCAGACCCAGCAAGCUCCGCACCUUCCUCCCGCUGGCCGGCUCUGCUCUGCCUGGUUCUGCUGCCUCUCUCCCUGCCUCAGUACCUGCCUCUCUGACUGCCUUAGUACCUGCCUCUCCGACUGCCUCAGUACCUGCCUCUGACCUCAGAAGGCACUCCCAUGUUUUUCAUGUUUGUCGAUCUGACGUAAUUUGCUUUUCUCGGUUUACGGAAGUUACAAUUGUUCUUCUAAUAGUGUACUUUGGUGUGUUUUACUGAUAACAUGCAGAUGUAGUGUGUAGUCACCUCCUGUGUGUGUGGAUACUAGUGUAGCACUAUGUCUAGAUGUCUACGUGUCUGAUGCGUUACAGUGACACUGCUUCUGAAUGACUGGUUCACACAUCCCUGGCUCUUUAUUUAUAUAAGCAAGGUCAUUGGACAGAUUUGACAGAAUUGUAUCUUAUUGUAUAUGUAUAUUUGUUCCUAUUUAUGCCUUUUACUUGCAGUACUUAUUUAAUCUUUCUUUAUAUUUUAUAUUUACGAUGUUUAUUGGUAUUCCAGAAUUCAAACCAUUCUGGUUUCAAAAUAUUUGGGUCGACAGAGAAGAAGAAGUGAAGCUUAAAGUUGUGGAUAAAAUACUUUAUUGCAGCAGCAAACACUGCCUGCUGGGGUUACGCUGAGCAAUAACAGCACAUGUUGGGUAAAAACGACACAAGGAAUUUCUUCACUUGAAAAAAGGUGUUUAAAAAUAAAAGGGGAGGAAAUGGA